AUGGAAAGCAUGAGGAUCUCCUCCCUGCUCUCCCUUCUCCCGUUCCUUGUCCUCGCGAUCGCUGCCGAGGCAACCGGCGACGACGAGCUCAGCACGUUCAUCGUCCACGUACAAGCAGGGGAGGACCGCGUGUUCGGCACCGCGGACGACCGGAAGGCGUGGUACCACUCGUUCCUCCCCGGCCAUGGCCGGCUGGUGCACGCGUACCACCACGUCGCCAGCGGGUUCGCGGCCAGGCUGACGCGGAGCGAGCUCGAGGCGAUGUCCGCCAUGCCCGGGUUCCUCAGCGCGACCCCUGAUCGGACGUACACGACGCUGACGACGCACACGCCUGAGUUCCUUGGGUUGAACGUGGAGCAGGGGCGGCGGAGAUACACGUCGGAGUUCGGUGCCGGCGUUAUCGUAGGCGUGAUCGACACGGGUAUCUUCCCAGACCACCCAUCCUUCAGCGACGACGGCAUGCCGGCGCCGCCGGACAAGUGGAAGGGGCGCUGCGACUUCAACCGCACCUCGUGCAACAACAAGCUCAUCGGCGCGCGCAACUUCGUCGCCGCUCUCAACGGCCCGAACGGCACUGACGCGCGGGUGCCGCCGGUUGAUGACUUUGGGCACGGCACUCACACCGCGAGCACCGCGGCGGGAGCCGUCGUGCCGGGCGCUAAUGUGCUCGGCCAAGCGUUGGGCACCGCCGCCGGGAUGGCAGCCCGCGCGCACGUCGCCAUGUACAAGGUGUGCGACCUCAAUGGAGGCUGCGAGGCGUCCGACAUACUGGCCGGUGUUGACGCCGCCGUGGGCGACGGCUGCGACGUCAUCUCCAUGUCUCUCGGCGGACCGUCGGUGCCCUUUCACCUAGACCCUAUCGCCAUCGGCACGUUCGGCGCCAUCGAGAAGGGCAUUUUCCUGGGGAACGGCGCGCAUUUCCACGGCGAGUCACUCUACCAGCCAAACGCCGGCGUGCCCGGUGCCUUCUACCCGUUGGUAUCCGCGGGCGCGAGCGGGAAGCCACUGGCCGAGUUCUGUGGGAACGGCUCGCUGGACGGCGUCGACGUCAAGGGCAAGAUAGUGCUCUGUGAGCUCACGAGAAACAUUUCGGCGCUGAACCAAGGUCAGGUGGUGCAGAGUGCCGGCGGCGUCGGCAUGAUCUUGGCGAACCAGUUUGCCCAAGGCUACGACACGUUAGCCCAGGCGAACGUCCUCCCGGCGUCGAGCGUCGACUACUUAACCGGCGUAGCCAUCAAAUCCUACCUGGGAGGCCAGCUCCCGGUGGCGCGUAUCGGCUUCAGGGGUACGUUACUCGGCACGUCACCUGCUCCGUCGAUCAUGUUCUUCUCGUCUCGUGGGCCUAGCCGUCAGGGCCCUGGCGUUCUGAAACCCGACAUCACGGGCCCCGGGGUGAACGUGCUCGCCGCAUGGCCGUUUCAGGUCGGGCCACCGUCGGCGCCGGUUCUCCCCGGACCGACCUUCAACAUCAUCUCCGGCACGUCAAUGUCGACGCCGCACCUCGCCGGCAUUGCGGCGCUGAUCAAGAGCAAGCACCCGGACUGGUCGCCGGCGGCGAUCAAGUCGGCCAUGAUGACAACAGCCGACAUCACCGACCGCUCCGGCAAUCCCAUACUCAACGAGCAGCGCGUGGCGGUCAACCUCUUCGCCACCGGCGCCGGACACGUCAACCCAAUGAAGGCCGCCGACCCUGGCCUGGUCUACGACAUCUCCCCCGAGGAUUACAUCGGCUACCUCUGUAGCAUGUACACGAGCAAGCAGGUGUCGGUGAUCGCGCGCCGGCCGAUCGACUGCUCGACGACCAUCGUGAUCAGCGACCGCCUGCUGAAUUACCCGUCGUUCUCGGUCGCUUUCCCGGCGUCCUCGAAUUCGACUGCGCCGAUGGUCGUAAGGCGCAAGGUGAAGAACGUCGGGGAGGUGCCUUCGGUGUACUACGCGGCGGUCGACAUGCCGAGCAGCGCCGUAAGCGUGGACGUAUUUCCAGGGCAGCUGGAAUUCGUCGAAGCGAACCAGGAGCUGACUUUCUCGGUAUACGUGUGGCCGAGGGAGGGUGGCGCAAGGGUGGUGCAGGGUGCGCUGCGGUGGGUGUCCGAGAAGCACACCAUACGGAGUCCAAUCUCCAUCAGCUUUUACUGA